GGGGCUGGGCUGGCGGGGCCGCUCCUGCCGGGGGCCGGGCCGGCGGGGCCGCGGCUCCCGGCCGCUCCUGCCGCUCCUCGGCCUCCCCGCGCUGGGCAAAGGUUGGCGCGGCUCCCCCAGUCCAAGGGUUGCUCGCUGAGGAGGCUCGGGAUUGCUGCAGCCGGGCGGGCGAGAGACGAGAGAGCGGCUGCAGACAUGAAUUGAAAACUUUCCGAUCAGGGAUUCAGCCACUUUGCUCCUUAGGGAGUCUUAUUCCUAUCAACAAUAUCAGAGACAUAAUGUCUUCUGGAAAUGACUGUCAACCGCAGACCUUGACCAAACCAGCACUUGGUGAGAAAGAGGCAGCUGAACUGGUUGAUAGGGUGUUUGGAUUGAAGGUGGCUUGGAUCGGGUCACUGCCCAGCUACGAUGAUCAGAACUUCCACGUGCGUGUCUCAGCUGAAGGUGCUGCUGAGUAUGUCCUCAAAAUCACCAAUUCAGAAGACAGCCAGAAGCCUGACCUCAUUGAAGCACAGACCCAGGCCAUGAUGUUUCUCAGUGCUGAAGGCUUUCCUKCAGCUACUCCUUAUCGCACAAAAGAUGGUAACAUAAUGUCUCUGGAGUCAGGAGAUCAUAGACCUGGCAGCAAGAAGUACAUGGUSAGACUGCUGACUUACCUGCCAGGUACACCAGUAGCAAAAAUUGCUACCAAUGCUCAGAUUCURUAUGAGAUCGGGAGGCUCGCUGCCAGCGUGGAUAAAGUGCUCUCAGAGAAAUUCCRUCAUCCAUCAGUAAAAAGUCUGCAUCGAGGUCAGUUCAUUUGGAACCUGGCAAAYGUCCCUCUUCUAGAUCAGUACAUUUAUGCCUUGGGCCAGAACAAAUACCGUGCAGUGGUGGAAGAAGUUAUUGAGCAGUUUAAAGUCAAAGUAAUACCCAAGCUAAGCAGUUUCCGAGCCUGUAUCAAUCAUGGAGACCUUAAUGACCACAACAUUCUCGUGGACUCCAGUGCUGGUUCCCUGGAGAAUCCCCAGUACAGAGUGUCUGGCAUCCUGGACUUUAGUGACAUGAGUUAUGGGUAUUACGUGUUUGAGGUGGCCAUAGCCAUCAUGUACAUGAUGAUUGAGAGCYCAGACCCUCUGAGCGUUGGGGGCCACGUUCUCGCAGGGUUCGAGAGCGUUGUGCCACUCAGCACCGAGGAGAGAGGUGCCCUCUUCCUCCUGGUGAGCGGGAGGUUUGCACAGUCCCUCGUCAUCGCCGCCCACACGGCUCUGCUGUACCCGGAGAACAAGGAGUACCUCACAAUCACGGCCAAAACGGGCUGGAAACACUUAAUGACAAUGUUCGAGAUGGGGCAGGAAGCUGUGGAGAAGACGUGGUUUGAGACUGCCCAGGCGUACACGCAGCACUCACCUGCCCCGUAGGUCCGCGGCUGCUGAGGGACUGGGGCUGACACGGGACCCAAUAAAGGCAAUAAAGACGGUGCUGCCUU